AUGGCUGAUGGAUCAGGCACUGUUAUGUUGAAAUGCGUGGUAAUUGGAGAUGGAGCUGUGGGUAAAACGUGUCUGUUAAUGAGCUAUGCAAACGACGCCUUUCCGGAAGAAUACGUCCCUACAGUGUUUGAUCAUUAUGCGGUGAGUGUCAACGUUGGUGGACGACAGUACUUGUUGGGACUUUAUGACACCGCGGGUCAGGAGGACUACGACCGCCUAAGACCUCUCUCUUAUCCCAUGACUGAUGUCUUCCUGGUCUGCUUCUCUGUGGUGAACCCUUCCAGUUUCCACAAUGUUAGGGAGGAGUGGGUGAAGGAGCUGAGAGAGCAUGCGCCCGGAGUUCCGUUCCUGCUCAUAGGCACACAGACUGACCUGCGCGAUGACUCUAAGACCAUUGCCAGACUGAACAACAUGAAGGAGAAACCACUCACCCCAGAGCAAGGCCAAAAGCUGGCCAGGGAGUUGGGUGCCUGCUGUUAUGUAGAAUGUUCAGCUCUUACCCAGAAAGGGCUGAAGAAUGUGUUUGAUGAGGCCAUCAUCGCCAUCCUUGCACCAAAGAAGAGGAGGAGUGUGGAAAAGAGACGACUUGGCCUGUGCUGUCUGGACUGCUGCCUGAUCACAUGA